UCUAGACCAGCUCAGAGAAACAGAACAGAGCUCUAGAACUCUUGACUAGCUCAGCGAGGAGGCCAGGAAAGAGAAAAAAAAAAAAAAGAGGUGGCAUGGGGUCGCCCAAGGCGGCCAAAAGCAUGGUGAAGCAGGGCAUCUGGCGUCACCGGGUCGGCGCGCCGUUCGCUGCCGUCCUCGUCGCGGCCGUCCUCGCCGUCGUCGUCUUCUCCGGCCAGUUCGCGCAGGGUCCCAAUGCCUCCUCGCAGUUCACUACCGUACUUUUGGAUGACACCCUCCGGCCCGUGCGCGAUAAGCUGGACUCCACAGAUGCAGAGAUUGGAGGGUCUCCCAACAAGGAGGAUCUUGCAACAGUAACAUCUGAUCAAGAAUUGGAUGCUGGAAAUCCUGAGCCCAAACAAGCUUCCCAAGGCACCACGCCAGCAGUGGGCGAGGGUGGGACGGUGACGGGGGUGCCGACCCAAAAAGGAGAAAGGAGCACAGGAGGAUCUGAGCCUCUGGAGAAGGAAUCUCCCUUGCUGGAUCAGGAAGGAGAAGAAGCCACUGCAAAGUCAGGUUCAGUUCCGUACACCAAAUGCACACCUCCAACUGGAGCAACUCUCUGUGAUCUCUCCAAUCAACGCUUUGACAUCUGUGAGCUGUGCGGGGAUGCUCGCACCAUCGGCCAGUCCUCCACUGUCAUGUAUGUCCCACAGUCCCUCACAUCCAAUGGUGAAGAGUGGAGCAUUCGUGCUCAGUCCCGCAAAAAUCUUCCAUGGAUUAAGGAGGUGACUGUUAAAUCCCUGAACUCCUCCCAACCAAAGCCAAGUUGCACAUCCAGGCAUGCCAUGCCGGCCAUUGUCUUUGCAUUAGGUGGGCUUACAGCGAAUGUCUGGCACGACUUCAGUGAUGUUCUUGUCCCUCUGUUCCUAACUGCCCGCCAGUUCAACCGAGAAGUCCAACUACUGAUCACCAACAAUCAGCCCUGGUUCAUCAAGAAGUACUCAGCAAUGUUUAACCACCUCACAAGGCACAACAUUAUUGAUUUUGAUGCAGAUGACCAGGUCAGGUGCUAUCCGCAUGUCAUUGUUGGUCUCAGGAGCCACCGGGACCUUGGUAUCGACCCAAACUCUUCGCCACAGAACUUCACAAUGAUGGACUUCAGAUUGUUUGUCCGCGAAGCCUAUGGAUUGCCUGCACCCGAAGUUGAUAUACCCUACAGGGCCGACAAAGAUGACCCUGACAAGAAGCCCCGGAUAAUGCUCAUCGACCGGGGCAAAACACGGAGGUUCGUGAAUGCGCCUGAUGUUGUACAAGGGCUUGAUUGGUUUGGCUUUGAGGUGGUCAAGGCAGACUUGACGAUUGACUCGAAUCUUGAUGAAUUUGUCCACCUCGUUGACUCAUGUGAUGCAAUCAUGGGUGUUCAUGGUGCGGGCUUGACAAACAUGGUGUUCUUGCGGUCAGGUGCAGUGUUGGUGCACAUUGUGCCAUAUGGGAUUGAGUUCAUGGCUGACGGGUUCUAUGGUGCACCUGCAAGGGAUAUGGGGCUGAGACACGUGCAGUACAGCAUCAGUCCAGGGGAGAGCACUUUACUGGAGAAGUAUGGUUGGAACCAUACGGUAAUCAAAGAUCCAGAAGCCAUCAGGAACAGUGGAUGGGAGAAGGUUGGGGAGCUCUAUAUGUCCAAACAGGAUAUUGUGCUCAACAUGACAAGGUUUGGGCCUAGCUUGAUGAAGGCAAUGGAGUUCGUCAUUUAGGUGCAUGAGAUGAGGUUUCUGUUAGCUACGACAUUUUAACAAUUUCCACUGAAAAAGAAGCAAAUUUACAUUUCGUUAGUUAUAGUGUUUAUUGUUCUUCUCGUGCUGCUUCUGUAUAGGAUCGAAAAUGUAAGAUUUGAUUAACCAUGAUGUGGAUGCUACAGAAAAGAUGAUAAUAAGUCCGUUUGGUCUGCUGAUGUUCAGUUUU